CGGCUGUGUCCACCGCUACCUGUCAAGGGCUAAGCCAGGCCUUUCUUAGGCCCCGAGGUCCGUCUUCUUAUCACAUUUCCGGAGAGGGACGGCUGGGAGUCCAGGAGGAGAAGCGGACUUUUUUUGAGGAGAAACGCGGAUGCAGACCAUGGAAGAGAAGUCGUACUGCAACCCCCGAUUUUCGCGCGCUUUGGGCGCGGGUGGUUGUGGGUAGCACAGCCAGGAGGGAGAAAGGAAUCGGGGGGCUGUGGCCGCGCCGCCCGCCGGGCCUGGGGAUGGAUGAGGACGACCCCCACGCCGAGGGGGCGGCGGUGGUCACUGCGGCCGGGGAGGCGCUGCAGGCCCUGUGCCAGGAGCUGAACCUGGACGAGGGGAGCGCGGCCGAAGCCCUGGACGACUUCACCGCCAUCCGGGGCAACUACAGCCUGGAGGGAGAAGUUAUACACUGGUUGGCAUGUUCAUUAUACGUUGCGUGUCGCAAAAGCAUUAUCCCCACAGUUGGAAAGGGUAUCAUGGAAGGAAAUUGUGUUUCACUUACCAGAAUACUACGUUCGGCCAAAUUAAGUUUAAUACAGUUUUUUAGUAAAAUGAAGAAGUGGAUGGACAUGUCAAACCUGCCACAAGAAUUUCGUGAACGUGUAGAAAGGCUAGAAAGAAAUUUUGAGGUGUCUACUGUAAUUUUCAAAAAAUUUGAGCCAAUUUUUCUAGAUAUAUUUCAAAAUCCAUAUGAAGAGCCACCAAAGUUACCACGAAGCAGGAAGCAGAGGAGGAUUCCUUGCAGUGUUAAGGAGCUCUUUAAUUUCUGUUGGACACUCUUUGUUUAUACUAAGGGUAAUUUUCGUAUGAUUGGAGAUGAUUUAGUAAAUUCCUAUCAUUUACUUCUGUGCUGCUUGGAUCUGAUUUUUGCCAACGCCAUUAUAUGCCCAAAUAGACGAGACUUGUUAAAUCCAUCAUUUAAAGGUUUGCCGUCUGAUUUCCAUACUGCUGACUUUAGGGCUUCUGAAGACCCUCCCUGCAUCAUUGCUGUACUGUGUGAACUACAUGACGGACUUCUAGUAGAAGCCAAAGGAAUAAAGGAGCACUACUUUAAGCCAUAUAUUUCAAAACUCUUUGACAGGAAGAUUUUAAAGGGAGAAUGCCUCCUGGACCUUUCCAGUUUUACUGAUAAUAGCAAAGCAGUGAACAAGGAGUAUGAAGAAUAUGUUUUAACUGUUGGUGAUUUCGAUGAGAGGAUCUUUUUGGGAGCAGAUGCAGAAGAGGAAAUUGGAACCCCUCGAAAGUUCACUGGUGACACCCCGUUAGGGAAACUGACAGCACAGGCCAAUGUGGAGUGUAACCUUCAACAACACUUUGAAAAAAAAACAUCAUUUGCACCUUCUACCCCACUGACAGGACGGCGAUAUUUAAGAGAAAAAGAAGCGGUCAUUACUCCUGUUGCUUCAGCCACCCAAAGUGUCAGCCGGUUACAGAGCAUUGUGGCCGGACUGAAAAAUGCACCAAGUGAACAACUUAUAAAUAUUUUUGAAUCUUGUAUGCGUAAUCCUAUGGAAAACAUUAUGAAAAUAGUGAAAGGAAUAGGAGAGACUUUCUGCCAACAUUAUACUCAAUCAACAGAUGAACAGCCAGGAUCUCACAUAGAUUUUGCUGUAAACAGACUAAAGCUUGCAGAAAUUUUGUAUUAUAAAAUACUAGAGACGGUAAUGGUUCAGGAAACACGAAGACUUCACGGAAUGGACAUGUCAGUUCUUUUAGAGCAGGAUAUAUUUCAUCAUUCCUUGAUGGCCUGUUGUUUGGAAAUUGUGCUUUUUGCCUAUAGCUCACCUCGUACUUUUCCCUGGAUUAUUGAAGUUCUUAAUCUGAGACCAUUUUAUUUUUAUAAGGUCAUUGAGGUGGUGAUCCGGUCAGAGGAGGGACUCUCUAGGGACAUGGUGAAACACUUGAACAGCAUUGAAGAACAGAUUUUGGAGAGUUUAGCAUGGAGUCAUGAUUCUGCACUAUGGGAGGCUCUCCAGGCUUCUGCAAACAAAGUUCCUACCUGUGAAGAAGUUAUAUUCCCAAAUAAUUUUGAAACAGGAAAUGGGGGAAAUGUACAGGGACAUCUUCCCAUGAUGCCAAUGUCUCCUCUAAUGCAUCCAAGGGUCAAAGAAGUUCGGACGGACAGUGGGAGUCUUCGAAAGGAUAUGCAGCCAUUGUCUCCAAUUUCUGUCCACGAACGCUACAGUUCUCCUACCGCCGGGAGUGCUAAGAGAAGACUUUUUGGGGAUGACCCCCCAAAGGAAAUGCUUAUGGACAGGAUCAUAACAGAAGGAACAAAAUUGAAAAUUGCUCCUUCUUCAAGCAUUACUGCUGAAAAUAUAUCCAUUUCACCUGGGCAGGGUCUUCUAACAAUGGCCACAGCCAUAGUAACAGGGACAACAGGACAUAAAGUUACGAUCCCAUUGCACGGUAUUGCAAAUGAUGCUGGAGAGAUCACACUGAUACCAAUUUCCAUGAAUACAACUCAGGAGUCCAAGGCUGAGAGUCCUGUAUCACUUACGGCUCAGUCAUUAAUUGGUGCUUCUCCAAAACAGACUCAUUUGACUAAAGUACAAGAGGUACAUCCAAUUGGAAUAAGCAAACCAAAGAGAACUGGGUCCUUAGCACUGUUUUAUAGAAAGGUCUAUCAUUUGGCAAGUGUACGCUUACGUGAUUUAUGUUUAAAACUGGAUGUUUCAAAUGAGUUAAGAAGGAAGAUAUGGACAUGUUUUGAAUUCACUUUAGUUCACUGCCCUGAUCUGAUGAAAGACAGACAUUUGGAUCAGCUCCUCCUUUGUGCAUUUUACAUCAUGGCAAAGGUAACAAAAGAAGAAAGAACUUUUCAAGAAAUAAUGAAAAGUUAUAGGAAUCAGCCCCAGGCUAAUAGUCACGUCUAUAGAAGUGUACUGUUGAAAAUUAUUCCAAGAGAAGUUGUGGCAUACAAUAAAAACGUGAAUGCUGAUUUUGAAAUGACAGAUUGUGACUUGGAAGAUGCUACAAAAACACCUGACUGUUCCGUUGGACCAGUGAAAGAGGAAAGAGGUGAUCUUAUCAAAUUUUACAAUACAAUAUAUGUAGGAAGAGUGAAGUCAUUUGCAUUGAAAUACGACUUGGCAAAUCAGGACCAUGUGAUGGAAGCUCCACCGCUCUCUCCUUUUCCACAUAUUAAGCAACAGCCAGGCUCCCCACGCCGCAUUUCCCAGCAGCAUUCCAUUUAUGUUUCCCCACACAAGAAUGGGUCAGGCCUUACGCCAAGGAGUGCUCUGCUGUAUAAGUUCAAUGGCAGCCCUUCUAAGAGUUUGAAAGACAUCAACAACAUGAUAAGGCAAGGUGAGCAGAGAACCAAGAAGCGAGCAAUAGCCAUCGAUGGUGAUGCAGAAUCACCUGCCAAACACCUCUGUCAAGAAAAUGAUGAUGUUUUACUUAAACGACUACAAGAUGUUGUCAGUGAAAGAGCUCAUCAUUAGUGCCCUGCCCAUUUCUAUGAUAAAAGCACUUGUAGGUUGUUUUGCAGAAAGUUGGGGCUCUAUCUUUCCAAACAUUCAGGUAGUAAGUAUCACUGAGUUACAAGAAACAUCACACCAAAAUUAAGCAUUUUGGUUCUUUUACAUAUAUUCAAAACACAGUAGACAAAGAUGUAUUUUGAGUUGAAUUGUAAAGGAAUGUUUUAAGUGCCUUUUAAACAUAUUAAUAGUCAUAGAAUUUUUAAAAUAUUUUCCUUGGGUUUUUCAGAUGAAGUAAGGAGAAACCUCAUAAUUUUUUUAAUAUAAUUUUUUAAAUAAUCAAAUAUCUUCCUCUGGGCUUUGUGAUAUGAGUGUGAAUAAUCUAUUUUUGGUAAGUGUGCUUUGAAAUGUUUGUACUCACAAUUUAAUAUUAAGUAGUGGUUGGGUCCCGUGGCAUCUAGGCCAGAGGAUGUUACAUCAGCCUGUGUCUGACCCAGUGUAGUAACUCCACAUCCAGGCGCCACUACCAUUCUGGGCUGUCCAGAUCACUUCUCAUGCCCUUCCUCUCCUUGAGCAGAAGCGGAUUUGUACCUGAAUCCAUGCAUUACCCCCACUCCUUGCUUUCCAACCCUAAGCCCUCUUAGCCUGGUGUCGCAACCUAAUAAAGAGGUACUUUUUAAAACUAUUAUCAUUUUGUUUUCCAAACCAUUAACUUAAUUAUACAUGAUUAUACUAUGUCAUACAAUUCUCAAAAUAAGCUGCUUCUCAGUCUAGUAGAGUAAAAUACAGAAAAGAGUUGUUAGAAACUAAAUUUCCUUAAUGGGAAAUUAUAUUACCAUGAUAAUAUGUGAGAUACUAUUUUUGAGGUCAUCAUAAGAUCAGUUGUUCUCAGUGUCUGAUUGAUUCCCUAAGGACAGUUGAAACCUUUUUCAAAACCACAUUAAUAUCACCUCACGCCUUAUGGUUACACUAUACAUCAGUAAAACAGCUGCUUAUCACUAUCCCCUCUUUGUUCUCAGUAUCACUGAAAUGUGAGUUUCCCUUCAAGUUUGAUCACUGGGGCCCCUUAAGGAUGUUUUCCAGGGCUAGGGGUGCAGCUUUCCAAAGAAUCAGCUGUUCAAUAUUCACUUUUUCUACUGUGUUUUCAGAAUCUGGAAGGACAUGGGUAAGUCAUUGUUAAUUAAUUUUGAGAAGAUGUUAACAAAUGUAUAUUUUUUUAACCACAAAACUUUACUUUUUAAAAUGCAAAAUAUUUACCCUGUGUCUAACCGUGGCUAAUUUGAAUUAGUCAAAGAUUUGACUAUGAAUUAGUAAUUACAAUUAUUAGGAAUUUUAUUUUUAAAUUUUAAGAAGAAAAGUGAUUUUGGUCACAUUAUACUUUUCUGAAAAUUACAUCCUCAUUUUUUGUGUAGUAUCUACACAUGUUAUAAGCCAAAUAACAUCGAGUCUGCCUUGAAUCCUUGUAUAUAUUUUUAUGUAGCUAUAACUAUUGUGUCAUUUUCAUCAUCGUUGUUAAUGUGCAAAAUGUUGUACGUUGUCUUUAUAAGAAACUCUGGACAUGUUUUUAUCAGUUUUCAAGACUGGAUAUCAAUGUACAUAAAAUGGUUAAUAAAAUAUUGGAGUUUUUGAGAUUAUUGAAAAAAUUCUACUUGUGCUCUUUUCAGUGUGAUUAGAUGCAAUUGUGCAGCCAUCUAGAACCUAUAUCUCUUUAAAUUUCUACUUUAUAUCUUUUAAAUAUCUUAGUAUAACUUAAAACAUAAUGUUCUUGGUGCUUUCCAGGAGCUAGGAAAAGAAUGGGGAGUGGCUGAUGACUACAGGCUUUCUCAUGAGGUGAUGAAAAUAAUUUUGAAACUUGAUAUAGGCAGUGAUUGUAUAACAUUGUGAAUUUAUUAAAUGACACUGAAUUUUACACUUUAUAAUGGUUAAUUUUAGGUGAAUUUCACCUCAAUUGAAAAAAGGCCUUAGACACAUAUAAAGAAACAAUUAUUUCAAGACCUUGAAAUGGACCAAAUCAUGAUACUAAAUUAAGGAAAAGGGUUCUUCUUAGGAGUGCUUUCAGGUGUACUUCUCCAUUUGAGACAGCUUAAAAGCUCAUUUUUAAUGACCAUUUUUAUGUGGUUAGAUUAUGUUAAAUCAGAUUUUUUUUAAAGGUAAUAUUCCUUAUAUGAAAAAGAUUAAAGGUUUUGUAUGCUUCCCUUUAAAACAAGCUUUAUUGUCUGCUUCCAAGGACUUCAAAUAGCUAACCAUUAAAAUUCAUUUCUUUUACUCAAAAAAAAAAAAGAUAAAUAGGUUCUAGGGGUGUAAAGUACAACAUGAUAAAUAUUGUUGUAUUUUAUAUAUGAAAGUUAAGAGAGUAAAUCCUGAGUUCUCAUCCUUCCUCCAAAUCUGUAUUUCUUUAAUUUUGUAUUUAUGUAUAAUGAUGUUCACUGAACUUACUGUGACGAUCAUUUCAUGAUGUAUGUGGGUCAGAUCAUUGUGCUAUGCACCUUCAACUUAUAUACAGUGUUCUAUCUCAAUAAAACUCGAAGGAAAAAAAAAGGUAA